GGAAAUGGGGGAUUUUGGGGACAUUUCAUGGGAUUUUGGGGUUCAAGGAGGACACUUAGGACCUGAAUCAGAUUUAGGGGUUCAAGGCUGAUUUUGGGGUGCCCCCACCUCAGGUGGAUGUCCUGAUGGAGACACCUGCCCAACAGGGAGAGCUGAUCCAUGAAGGGAUUUUGGGGUUGGAAAUGGGGAUUUUGGGGUUCAAGGAGGACACUUAAGACCUGAAUCCAGUUUUGGGGUCCAAGGCUGAUUUUGGGGUGCCCCCACCUCAGGUCGAUGUCCUGAUGGAGGCGGCCGCGCACGGCGAGAGCGACCCCAUGAAGGGCGUGUCCGAGAACAUCAUGCUGGGCCAGCUGGCCCCGGCCGGCACCGGCUGCUUCGAUCUCCUGCUGGACGCCGAGAAGUGCAAGCACGGCAUGGAGAUCCCCAGCGCCCUGCCCGGCCUCGGCGUCGGCGGCCCCACCGGAAUGUUCUUCGGCUCCGCCCCCAGCCCCAUGGGGGGGAUGUCCCCGGCCAUGACCCCCUGGAACCAGGGGGCCACCCCGGCCUACGGAGCCUGGUCCCCCAGCGUGGGUGA